AUGAUAAAGCAUAGAAGAUUAUUUACAUUUUGCUUGAAUAAUUUGAAAUUAAGAACAUAAUUGAUAAUAUUGGUUUCAUUAAUAAUCAUUGUAAUCGUCUCAUAUGUUCUAUCAGUUAAUCUAAUACAUUACUCUUUAUUCAAACAGUAUUUUUCAUUGAUUUCAAAUCAAAUAUUUGAAGAUAACUCAUUCAAAAUAUCAGAGAAAUCUAUUAGAUCAUACUAAGGUUAUUUUGAUAGAGUAUUUUAUUUAAGUAAAUCAAAAUCCAUUAUUUUUUAGAUGGAAACAGUCUAGUUUCCUUUCAUCGCUUAUAUCAUAUGACUAAAAAAUAAGUAAAACAACAUUCCUUAGAAUUAAAUACUGAUUAUUAAAUGUUUUAUGGAGGUAUAAAUAAAAUACCAGAUCCAAUUAGAAUUAUUAAAGGUUAUGGUAACUCUGACAUAUCAUAUUCGUGUAUGUGCUUCUCUAAUAUUACUGAAUUUCAAAAUCCUUUGAGUUUAGAUGAACUUAUAGGCAUGAAGAUAUAAGAGUAAACACAAGCUUAUGCAUCAAUUUUGUAUUAAGGGAAUAUUUUAAGUCAGUCAUUCUUUUAUUCAUAUAUAAUAAAGGAAAAAACAAAUGCUGUUUAUCCAUGUCUUAAUAGAGGAAAGGGAAUAUAUAAUUAUGAUCCUGAAAAGAGAGAAUGGUUUGUUGAAGUAAGACAUAAUUUUAAUAAAAAAUAACCAUAUACUGAAUAUUCAUAGUCCUUCACUUAACCUUAUUUGUGUAUAAUUGAAAAAUAUUUAUAUUAGUAUUUACAGAUAAAAAAAUUGGAUUAUCAUUGGUACUUCCAAUUGUGGAUGAAAAUCUUGAAUUGAUAGGAGGAGUAGGAACAAAUUUUUUGGGAGCAUAAAUAGUUUAAAUAAUUAAGUCUUAAGAAUUUGGAUUUUAAGUUAUUUAUUUAGUAUCAGAUUCUGGAAUUAUGAUUAUGCAUCCAUAUGAAGUUGGUGUAGAAUAACUUCCUUUAUACAUUUAUAAUUAAUCUAUUACAGGAUUUAAUACAAGUGAUUGGGAAAGAAUGAAUUCAAAUAAGUAAUCAUAAAAUGAUUCAUUAACUUGUCCAUAUUUGCACAAGCAUUCAUUAUCUUUAAAUUGUCUAUAUAAUAGUCUAUAUUAAUAAGAAAUGAUAAUAGGAAUCUAAGAAAUUCCAGGAUAUUCAAUGAAAUUAAUAAUGUAAAAAAAGAUUAUUCUAUUUCUAGGUUAUUAAGUAGUUAAGAAUAUUUUUAGUUUUAUUAACAUUUUCAAGAAGAUCUUGACAAAAAAUUAUUAAAUUAAUUAUGGCUUCAUAUAUCUAUAUUGUUAGGUCUUUUUUUAUUUAUUUGUUGUUUAUUGUAUAUAUUUACUUAUACUUUAUUUUAUCCUAUUUAAUAGAUAUAAGCUUUAACAAUUAAUAGAAUAUUCUCUAAAAAUAAAAAGAAAUUAUAAAUGCCAUUUUAUGCAAAUAAAUUUAUGAGUAAACAAAUUACUUUAUUGUGUAAAUCAUUUUAAUUUGUAUAAGAUAAAUUAGAAUAAUUAUCAUUUAAUAAAACUAAAUCAUGUAGAGAUCUUGAAAAUUAUUAAUAUCCUUAAAAAAAGUUUUCAUUAAAAAAAUAUAUAUCAAAAGAGGAUAAUUUUAACAAAUAAAGUAAUUUAUAUAAAGAAUAAAAAUUGAAUGCAAAUGAAACAUUAACUUAAGAAAUGAUAAUAAUGAUGCUUAGAAAUUCUUAAAAAUUUAGUGGAUGA